UGUUAUUGAGAAUUGGAACAGCUACAAAUACGCAGAAGCUCUUCUUCGUCUUCUUCGUCUUCUUCUUUAAGCUCUUCUUUCUGACUCGUAACCCAAAUUUCUGGGAAUCGAAGCCAUAUUCAAGAACACCAAGAGUUGGGUUGAAAUCCGAAGCCGAUCGCGUAGUCUUUUUGGUUUGAUAACGUCGCAAUCCGUACGAUUUUCCAAAUAUUUCGAUCAAACGUGGUUCAGAGUGAAGAUUGUAGAAAAGGAAGAGAAUAGGAGUGUGAGCUUCUCGCCAAAAAGGGAUGCCUUUGAACUUAGGCAACGAUGGCGAUGGGUCGUCCCGGAUUAUUUUGACUGAGCCUCGCGGAUCUACUGCUGAGGUGCUUCUAUUUGGAGGACAAGUCAUUUCUUGGAAAAAUGAAAGGAGGGAAGAACUGCUUUAUAUGAGCACCAAGGCUCAAUAUAAGCCACCCAAGGCGAUCAGAGGAGGAAUACCUGUUUGCUUUCCACAGUUUGGAAAUUUUGGUGGACUUGAGCGACAUGGAUUUGUCCGGAACAAAUUCUGGUCAUAUGAUGAAGAUCCUUCGCCUCUGCCUCCUGCUAACAAACAAUCAUCAGUUGAUCUGAUAUUGAAGUCCACAGAAGAUGACUUGAAGACCUGGCCGCAUAGGUGUGUUUUAACUUAUACUCUGAUCUAUGAUAUGGAUGUUUUGUCUGUGCUUUCUACUAUCACCUCUUUGUCUAACUUUAUACUUCCUCGGUGCUAUUGGCGCAGUUUUGAACUCCGUAUUCGAAUUUCUAUUAGCCCUGGGAAGCUUACUUUGAUCCCUCGUGUGAGGAACAUUGACUCAAAGGCAUUCUCCUUCAUGUUUGCACUGCGAAACUACUUAUAUGUAUCUGACAUAAGUGAAGUACGAGUUGAGGGUUUGGAGACUCUGGAUUAUCUAGACAACUUGAUUGGUAAAGAAAGAUUCACAGAGCAAGCAGACGCGAUUACCUUUGACGGGGAGGUCGAUAGAGUGUACUUGAACACACCAACAAAGAUUGCGGUCAUAGAUCAUGAGCGGAAGAGGACCAUCGAGUUGCGAAAGGAAGGCAUGCCCAAUGCAGUUGUGUGGAACCCCUGGGACAAAAAGGCAAAGACCAUAGCUGAUAUGGGAGAUGAAGAUUACAAAACAAUGCUUUGUGUAGAUUCUGGAGUAAUCGAACCUCCGGUAUUGUUAAAGCCACGUGAAGAGUGGAAAGGCAGACAAGAACUCUCCAUAGUCUCAUCAAGUUACUGCAGCGGACAGCUUGAUCCACGCAAGGUUCUUUACGGAGAUAACUGAUACUUUUGGGGGAUUAUCUUACUUAGUAAAAACAAUAAUAAGCCAUGAUUUCAUUAUCACUACCACCCAGAAACAACUCUCUAAAGAGUCUAGAUUCAGGUCUUGUCUUGAACUUGGAGAUUCUAUCCUUUGACUUGUGUUUGUGAGUGGGUUCUGAUUGUUGUUACACAGAGAGGUGACGGUAAUAUUUUGUAACGUUGACUCUGUGUUUGACCGUUAAACAAUGUAUCUGUUUCUUUGAUUCGUGAAAUUUAGUAGAAUAUCAUCAA